ACACGCCGGCGCCUCAGUCGAGCGACGUCCGUGGACUGCGUCGUAUUUCCUUUUGAGUCUUUCGUAUCCUCGAGCGUUCUACCAUCACGUCGACGGGCUUCGUCGUCAUUGUCGCCGUCGUGCUUACGUUUCCCCAAAGAGGAGUGUCCAUUCUCUUUGUUUACGGCGCCAUUACGCGUACCUUAUCAUAAAGUCUGUGCGAAUCGAUCGGACCAUUGGAGGAUGGACCAUUGCUCUUCCGACAAGGACCAGUUAUAAAUCGAGCGACGAUUUUUAUCUCCUUCUUCCUUGAGCAAUAAAGACCGACGAUCGUCGAGCAAGGACGAAGCGAGGAAAAAAGGGAAGAGCGCGCAAAAGUCUCGAGAGCUCAAGGCGUAGGACGAGGCCACCGUCGUCGCCGUCGUAAAAAGAAAGGACACUUUUGGAUAGAAUGCAGCGAGAGGAAAGGCAACGUCGGCCUGGGAGAACGAGGCGAUGAGAGGUCUGAAUGGAGUCCGAGGAAGCUUCGGAGCCCCCUGGGGCUCGAACGUACGUGCCAUCGUCAGGGUUCCAGCGGGCAGCUCGACGCGAAAUCUCGACCUGAUCCGCGAAUUCUUUACGCGAACGUGAGCCAAAGAAGAUAAAAGGAAAGGUGGAUAUAUCGCGGUGUUCGAAUCGAUUCGAAUCCGAGUAAAAAUAUAGUGGACGAGAUAAGCCUAUUAUACGUAGAUACAUAGAUAGAAAAAUUAACGCAUAAUAAAACGGCCUUAGAAAGUGUUUUCCUUUCGCUGACAACGACGCUGACUAAGGACAACGCGGUAAGAAUUGAAUUAAUAUGACGGCGGAUUUUGUUUCGUUGAUCGAUGAAUACGCAGCCGUAUGGGAGCGAAAACAAGUCGUAGAGAAGGAAAGCAACGCGCCUCGCACCAGAAGAAUAGGUAAUGCUUCUAAGAUGUUCGAAUCUCUUUCUAGUAAUAAUUGGAGUUUGUACGUUGCGCGUAACAGGAUCAUAGUGGAGCCAACGUAAGGAGAUUUACGAUUUAAAAGUACGGAUAAAUCGAAUAAAGAACGUACGCGAUAAAAAAAAAAAAGAAAGAAAAGAAAAAGAAAGAAAAGAAAAGAAAAAAAAAGAAAGAAAAUGGCAGCACCGGUGAUAGAGAAGAAGCGAUUCUUUUGUCGCGAGUGGGCGUUCAUGAAGCUGUCCCAUUGUUUGGAACAACGGCCCGCAUCGAAGACCUGUGGUGCGUUAAUCGUCGGUGGUCCAGGAAGCGGGAAGACUGCCCUCUGUGCCGAACUGGCAUGGCCCUCGAACGGUUCGAACGCGAGGCAUCAGAGAGCUUUGAAUCGACGUCUUCUGGCGAGGCACUUUUGCCAAGCCAGAAGCGAAGCGUCUCUUUCGCCAGCCCAAUUUGUUAGAUCUUUGGUGGCACAAUUACUUCAGGCUAGUUCCGAUGGUAUUCGUCGCGCGACACCGGACUCACCGACGACGUUGAACGCGACGAAUCUGACGACGAACCCGACGACGAACCCAACGACGAACCCGACGACGAUGGUCUUAACUUCGAAAGAGGCUGUAGCCGAGGCCUAUGCCGAAAAGUUGAGAACGGAUCCGGAGAUUCAGGCUGCUUUGGAACCUGACGUCCUCGAUCGUGACCCGGACGACGCGUUGAAGAAGGCCCUGCUCUUUCCUCUUUUAGAGGUCGAACCACCGAAAAGUUGUCUCUUCCUCUUGGUCGACUCCAUCGACGAGGGUCAAACGCUCAAUCCUCCUCAGACUGGUACCCGAGAUUCUAGAAGGGAAAACGAUAACGUCAGUCGUACGAUCGCCGAACUCCUUGCCAAUCAUCAUCACCUAUUUCCGCAGUGGCUUCUUUUAGUUUGUACGGCGCGACGUCAAAGCAAGACCAUCUCGCGUAUGUUCACCGGAUUCCGUAAGAUAUCUUUGGACGAUUUGAGAAAGUCUCAGGUGGUCAGGGACGUCCAGCAGUAUAUACUCGAACGUUUGGAUCAAGAGGAUACUCUCAGGUGGGUGGGUGCCGCCUUUGGCAGGCAACACAUCUCUCGCGAUACAGCGGAGAUGCUGAAUCAGCUACACAUCAAAAGCAACGGCUGCUUCUUGUACCUGGAAAAAGUGUUGGACGGUGUGGCCGAGAACUUUAUCGUCCUUCGAGAAGUUCGAGAAAUACCGGGAACGUUAAACGGUCUUUAUCUCUGGUUGUGUCAGAGGCUCUUUAGUAGGAAACAGUUUGCGAAGGUGCAACCCCUGUUGAACGUCAUUCUUGCUGCAAAAUUACCUAUCACGCAAGAGAUACUUUACAAAUGUGUAAGGACAGCGUGCGCUAACAUCACCGUCGAAGACUUCAAUCGUCGCUUGCAUCUUUUACGAAGAGUUAUAUCGGUGUCUCGAGCCGGUGCCUUGAUGCUCUUUCAUCAUAGUUUCGCCGAAUGGCUGUUGGACGUGAAACAUUGCACCCAAAAGUAUCUUUGCUCGGCCGUCGAGGGUCACGCCAUGCUGGCGGGCUACUACACGCUUCGUGGACCUGAACUUAACCCAGACGAGAUUUGCGUAUUGGGACAGCACCUACAACGGGCGAUAACGAACGCGUCGACGAGCAACUGUUGUACUCUCGACGUUCAUACUCUUCAAGUGCUCUGGAUGAUGGGUACCGGUGCACCCAUCGAGGAAUGUUACUUGGAUAGUUCGGAAUGCAUAUUAUGGCCACGACAAGAGGUUAAACUUUUGAGGCUUCUCAUAGACGCGGGCGCUAAAUUAUCGGAAAAGGUCGUCGAGGACGAUGCCAGUAAAGACGCCGUUUCUUCUAGUCAGGUCUCGCAGGACGCGAGCCCCAUGGACGAAUCCCCGAGUGAACCAUUGACCGAGUUACUCGGCGAGAGCGGUGACAUCAAUCAAACGGACUCUUGCGGUAGAACAGUAUUGCACACGCUCGCUGCGGAUGGCAAUGCGUCCUUAUUAGAACUCGCUCUUGCAGCUUGUCCGCACGCAAAAUUGGAAGGCACCGAUCGUCACGGACAAACGCCAUUGAAUUUAGCUGCCAGACACGGUUACGCGGACGUCGUACGAGUACUUUUAGCCGCAGGCGCGAACGCGGACCAUGCCGAUUGCGAUGGUUGGACUGCCUUAAGAGCCGCCGCAUGGGGUGGGCACACUCAGGUGGUAGAACAGCUCUUGGAGUAUGGCGCGAUGGUCGAUUGUGCCGACUGGGAUCAAAGGACAGCAUUGAGAGCCGCAGCCUGGGGCGGCCACGAAGAUAUUGUGAAGGCCUUGUUGCAGCAUGGUGCCGAUGUCAAUAGGACGGACGACGAAGGUAGAACCGCCUUGAUAGCUGCCGCUUACAUGGGUCAUAGCGAGAUAGUAGAACAUCUUCUCGACUUUGGCGCUAAAAUCGAUCAUGCGGACAGCGAUGGCAGAACGGCACUGAGCGUAGCAGCCUUGUGCGUGCCAUCCAACCACGGUUAUGCCAAAGUCGUUACGAUACUUUUAGAAAGAGGAGCCGCGGUAGAUCAUCAAGACAAGGAUGGUAUGACACCGCUAUUGGUGGCUGCCUUCGAAGGUCAUAGAGACGUGUGCGAAUUGCUUCUGGAAUACGAAGCAGACGUGGAUCAUUGCGAUGCGACGGGAAGGACGCCUCUUUGGGCUGCAGCCAGCAUGGGUCACGGAUCUGUCGUUGCUUUGUUAUUAUUCUGGGGCUGUUACGUAGAUAGUAUAGACAACGAAGGUAGAACUGUACUUAGCGUUGCUGCCGCGCAAGGUGAUACGGAUGUCGUCAAACAAUUACUCGAUAGAGGUCUUGACGAACAGCACAGAGACAAUUCUGGAUGGACACCGUUGCAUUACGCAGCCUUCGAAGGUCACGUAGACGUUUGCGAAGCGUUGCUAGAGGCCGGUGCUAAGAUCGACGAAGCCGAUAACGACGGAAAAGGCGCUCUGAUGCUUGCCGCGCAAGAAGGACACGCUACGUUGGUGGAGAGGCUCUUGGUGCAGCAUGGUGCACCCAUCGAUCAACACGCUCACGAUGGAAAAACUGCAUUAAGACUCGCGGCUCUAGAGGGACAUUACGACACCGUUAGAAUACUGUUAGGCCACAAAGCGGACGUAAAUGCAAAGGAUGCCGACGGCAGGAGCACUUUGUAUAUUCUUGCUUUGGAAAAUAGAUUAGCGAUGGCACGGUUUCUAUUAGAACACGCACCCGCUGAUGUCGAAGGUAGAGAUUCCGAAGGCAGAACUCCUUUGCACGUAAGUGCUUGGCAAGGACACGUAGAGAUGGUUGCUUUAUUGUUGACCAAAGGAGGUGCAAGCGUGAACGCGUGUGAUAAUGAAAAUAGAACGCCUCUUCAUUCUGCGGCAUGGCAAGGACAUGCAGCGAUCGUCAGACUACUAUUGGAACACGGGGCAACACCCGAUCAUACUUGUAAUCAAGGUGCAACGGCUUUAGGUAUUGCCGCACAAGAAGGACACGAACAUUGUGUUCGAGCCCUUUUAAAUCAUGGUGCUGACCCAAGUCAUUCGGACCAUUGUGGUAGAAAUGCGAUCAAAGUUGCAGCUAAAAGUGGUCAUGACACGGUAGUAAGAUUACUCGAAGAACACGCUGCAAAUCAGCGAAGCUUAAAACCUACGAUCAAUGGAGGUGGUAGUGGUGGUGGUGGUGGUGGUGGCGGUGGUAGUAGUAGCGCAACAUCGAUAACAUCAAAUUCGACCGCUGAAACGAAACCCUCCUCGGCAAUUUUAAAUCCUCUUUCAACGCAAUAUAGCCCAGCGGAAUCACCGGACUCUACGAAAAGAAGAAGCUGUGUUUCUUUGGGUAAUAAUUCGAGCAACAGCAAAUCGAGCAGCAAUUUGACGGGAAGCACUAAGAGUGAUCAAGGAAAAUUCAAUCAAAACUCUAUGGCCAAUCAAGUGAUUAAGACGCCACUAUCCUUCACCCAACAACUUCAACAAUGUUCAAGAGGAGCAAAAAGUCGACCACUGAGCAAAUUAUUGUCACCCUUAAAAAGUGAACCACAAAGUCCAAUUUAUGCAUCACCACCUCACUCUCCGUUAAGCGACAGUCUCAUACCUUACUCCCCCACAAACACGAGUCCACCUAGCGCACAGAUAGCGGCAAACGUAAUACAGAGUCAACUCGGUGUAUCGUUGUUAACAGGAAAUCAAAACUUACCGUAUAAAUCGCAAAUUGGUGCAUGCAAUCAUCAUACACCUGCAAUUUAUGAGCCCAUAAAUAUAAAAACAGAAAUUAUCGAUAAAAAUGACAUAACCAAACCGUUCGAAUUAACGAACGAAAUGUUAGGCUUAAAUAUUGGAAAAGAUAAGAAAAAUAGUAUCGAGGAGAGAAGAACCUGUGCUGAUACACACUUUACUCGAGAUACUCAUAUGAGAAUUAUUCUCGGAAACAGUGGAGCUGGCGUUGGUAGGAAUGUAAAACAUACAACAGAACAUACACCUGGAAGUAUAAGUAAUAUAAAGCCAAAGCGCAAUGGUUUAGUUUCCAAUCCAGCUAUGAGAUUAGUAGCAGGUGUUAGAAAUGGAAUUGAAAAUGCAACGAAUAGAAAUAAACCGAUCACUACACGUGUAAACGGAUUUCAAUGGAAAGCAGAAGCUCGUAAAGAAACUCCUUUGUAGGGAAAGGUUGCACAAAAAACAACAUCUCGAAGGAACUCUACAAAUCGCUAUUGUGCGUGGCGUAUUCUCAUUACCAAGAAGCGAAAGUCAAUACAUAAAUUUUUUUCCUUUUAUUUGAGCAAAAUCAAAUUACCUCAAAUAAAGAAGUGAAAGAAAGUCCAGAAAUGUUUUAUUCAAUGCAAAGCGUAAAGUACUAUUGCAUAGUACACAAAACCAAAUAUAAAACUGCAUAGUGAAGUAUGUAGUCCUAGGUAUGUAAACUUAUCAUGAUUUUGUAUAUAUAAAUGUAACGUUAAUAAAUUUCUUUACUGAUCUCA